CGGGUCAGCUAGUAAUGUAUAAAAAACGAUGAACGUAAAAUUAUUUUCAAAUAACUUUUAAGUUACUGUUAAGCACUUAUCUAAGUAGGACCCUUCAAGAAUAAUAUAUUUUUGUAUUAGAAGGAUAGGCUAGCAAAAUGGUAAUGCAGGAUGCGAAAUGCGAUAGCCUGGCCGUGGCGUUUUAUUUUAAGACAAAAAAAAAUAGUUAUUAUGAUAUAAAAAAAUGUAGGUAAGCAUUUCGGCCAAACCUCCACAGCAACAGAUUUCACUCUGCGACUGGCGAUAUCUAGGUGCCUUUGGCACAACUCCUUGAGCUCAGUGAUUUAUGUAAUAUAUUUUUUUUAAAUACUACUUAUUGCAUACACUUAAGAGUGAUCCGUACAAAAAAGCGAGUUUAAUGCCAAUAUUGUAGCUCGUAGAUUUAAUACGCUUCAGCAUAGCAAAACUGCAAAACCUAGCUCAUUCAUUAGACUUUAAGGAGAGUCAUAUUAUGUAAAUCUUAAAAACAACUAUAAAGUAAUCAAGCUUUGCUUAAUUUGGGUCCAUAGUGAUCUAACAUGAUAUUAUUUAUUAACUAGGUUAUAUUUAGAUUUAAGUUUAUACAAAAGCAACAAAACACAAAGAUCCGUCCCAAUAUUCAAGAUGCCAUUAAACACAGGGUAGCACUGUAAUCAUGAUUUUUUUUAUUAAAGUUUUACCAUUUUUUUCAAUUACAUAUGUAUUAAUAAAAUAAAAAUAUUAAUUGUAUCAGUCUAAUCGAUAAUCGAAAUGAAAAUAGACAAGGUGUUCAGUUGGCAUGGUAACCACUUUGAGUGAGUGACAUACAUUAUCGAUAUUAGCGGGAAAAUUUAAACAUGUCAAGAAAAUGUCUACAAUAGCUCUGCUUUUUAAAUGUAGUGCAAUAUUUUUUUUAUAUUUAACUUUUUACACGUUCUCACCGCAUUAUGGAAUGUAACACUAACCACCCCGGUGAUCCCAGGAGUAAUAUUUCGAAAUUCACAGGGUAUCACCCUGAUAAAUAUGCCAUUACCGACGUGUCCCUUACCGUAAAAACGGAUGAAGGUCUGACUCCAGGAAGACCGCCGUGCCUGACUCAGCGGACUAUCGGCAAGUACCUGCAGCCGCUGACCAGGCAGCUGGUAGAAACUCCACCAUUUCCAACUAUAGAUGAGAUGCCAAACACAGUCAUCGACCAGAUGGUGAAGAAAGACAAGGCCUUUUGGGUCGACAAGCCUGGCGCCAACGCUUACACCCUCCACGACGCUUAUUACAACUACGGGAUGACCACCGAAAUGGUGAAACCAAUAUCACAGAAAGCUGUCGGUCCGCACUGUCGUGACUGUUCAGACAUGAAGGUGCCCGGCCUGACGCCCUUCCAGCUGGCCUGGGCCCAGGACCCUGGGCAGAAACGCUGGCGCUACUACCCCGACCUUACAGCCACGUUGACUACUGAAGAGAUACGCAAGUCUAUGGACGAGGUCGGACGGCCUUUCCAAAAUGAAGCGUGCAACUGGUACAACGAAAACUAUCCCUCUGUAAAGUAUGACUGCAUUAUGCGUAAAUUUUCAAAGUAAAAAACUUGUAGAAGAAUUGAAUAAAUUGCUGAACAUAA